AAAUCUUCUGUCAUCGUUUUGAUACGCACGGUUCGAUAGAUAUAUGACGGUAAAGGAAAGUAUAAGAACAAGAUGGACUUUGUGUUACUACAUAGACCAUCAGGAUUUAUAAAAGUUGGAUGAAUCCGUGUGUUUAAAGGAUACGGCAAAACCCUUUGAAAGGAAGAAGAUGGACAUGUGUAUAAAUGUACAAUUCAGAAGCGUUUGCCAAAGGGACAGAAAAACUUAAUCGACGCUCUUAUUAUGCAGAACUUACUUCAUUUUUAUUGAAGGUUUAAAAUGUUUCAAAAAAAUAUUUAAAUCUUGCUGAAUUUGUUUCUUAAACUUUACAGAAUUUUUUUUGAGAAUUUCAUAAUUUAUUUCUGUAGAAUGUUAACUAUAACUGAUGUUCUGAAUAUGCGAAGAGACUUUAUAUUUUUGUAUUAUCGUGGAUAGUUUUAAAAUCAUUUAUGUUUUAUUUACACAAGUUCUCCAAAAAUAAAUUUUGUCAUGCUUAAACAUGAAUCUUGCACUUGUUGCCAUCUUGAUCUUUGUUUCCAUGGCUGUUAAAGCAAAAGUCUUGAAUAAAUCUGAUGAUUUAAUACUGAGAAAAGGCGUAGUUCAAAGCGAGAAAAGUGAAAUGCAUUUUAUAAGGAACAACUCCUACUCGCUGAACGAAGGAAAGAAAUUCUAUGAGUCCAUGAACACAAUUAGAGCAAACAAGAAAGCAAUGCCUCAACUGCUUCGAAAGUUUUCAAAUAUGAGUAGUUUGAAUACCGUUGGCAGAAACAGCAUUACACACGCACCCAAAACGCAAGGUACAAGAGAACUAUUAUCACAACUUCUGCUGAAGCAAAAUAUAAAGAAGGAACUUGAACAUGCACAGCAAGAUAUAAUUAAUAAUAGAAUGUUGCAUGGUCAGGAAUGGGUAAGACAUGCAAAAAAAUUCUCGGAUACAUUACAAAUCAAGGCUUUACAAAAAGAGGUUCCUGAAAACGGAACAAUAAAAGGGUUUAGUGCUGAUAUAUUAACCGCAUCAAACAUCUCAACUGGAAUCAGAACGAAUAACUGUACACAGAAUCCUGUACGUACUUAUGGUAUGGAGAUAUUCCAAGGUAGGAAAUCAAUUCCAAGUCCGAAAACUACCAAUUUUGUGUCAAGAAUUCUAUCUCAAGAAGAUUUACAGAAAAAUAAUCAGAAAACAGAACAUGAUAAGGGAGACAUAUUACCUAUGUUAAAAGAUAGUUCAAACUCAAUCUCCGAAGAGGAUUCUGCACAAUAUUUUACAAGUGGAACUCAAAAAGAUAGAUAUUUAGAGUUAUUAACUUUAAAUCAUGCAACAGAUGUAACUCAAAAUAAUGUUAACGAAGCUGGAAACCUAAUGGAUGCCUUCCCGGAUUCAAAACAUACAAUUACUGGCAAGGAAAUCAAUACUUUGCAGUAUUUAAUGUACCAUAAAGGCUCAUUAACAAGUUUAGAGGAAACAACGAAAAACGUUCUGAAUGAGAUGAACCCCACCAAAACAGUCGGCACUGCACUUUAUGCAGCAGGAAGUAAUGGCAAAGUAAUGCAGCAUUAUGAGGAGACAAAAAAUUCUGCAAUGGUGGGAAAAAAUAAUCUCUCCCGAGAUGGUACUAUAGGCAAGUUGGUGGUGCAGUACGACGAGGAAUCAUUUUCAAGUAGUUUAAAUUCAGUUACGGAUAUUUUUCUAACUCCAAAAAGUGAAAUAAAAACGAAAGGAUUAUCAAGUAAGAAUAAAUUUACUGAUCAACCAGUGACUACUCAUUUUUUCGAUGAUGGAUUUUCGUGCCACAAGCAGAAACGAUCUGUCUUCGGUUCUGAGGAAUCUCUUCUCUGUCCACCUUGUGAACAAAUCCACUGCUACAGGCAGAAGAAAAGACGUUUACAAUGUCGCGGUGGCUACACACUAGACAUAUGCGGGUGCUGCCGCGUAUGUGCAAAAUUGGAAGGAGAGAAGUGUGGUGGUCAGCAUGACUACUUGGGAAAAUGUGAUAGAGAUCUGUUCUGCGAACCACAACCACCUGCAGUCGUAAGCUUCUUCAGGGAAGGAAUCAAGAGAGUUUACAAAGUGCACAGAGGAAUCUGCAAAAAAUUUGCUACAAAGCUUGAAACAGAUAUUAGCUGGACUAAAAGCAAUUGUAAACCGAAAUGUGAACCGGAAUUCUGCAUGAAAAACCCAAGAGCGAUUUGCUCGGCUAUAAAUGCUGCUGAGAUGACUCGCAGGUGUCAGGGCUCUUGCCAGCAUACAUCUUGCCGGGCUUGCAGAUUUGCGCAACCUGAUAUCCGGUGUCCCAAGUGUCUUGCGAAUGAUUUCCGCUGCAUCCGGCAGUUUGGAAGAUGCAUUCGAAAGGAUUCCUGUAAACCAAAAUCUUAUCCAUGUGGAAACCAGUUGCCAGUGAAACAUGAUGGUGAAGUGUUUUUGUGUAAAAUCCCAGAAUGCGACGUCAAUAACUGAUUUCACCAUUUAACUACUCUUUCAAUUUUUAUGACAUACAUUGUCAAUAAAAUAUAGAUGUUUAGA